AUGGUGCACAGGGCACCUUUGAAUUUUUUACAGAAUAAUUUGAACCAAAUACUCAACGAAGCUAAGAUUCCUGAAGAUAGAGUGGCAGAAAUGUGGCUGCAACAAGACGGCGCCCCGCCUCAUUAUGCUCGAGCAGUUCGAGGACAUUUGAACGAGCGCUUCCCUAACCGGUGGAUUGGUCGAGGCGGACCUAUUGCAUGGCCACCCCGGUCGCCCGACCUUAACCCAAUAGACUUUUUUGUUUGGGGCUAUUUUAAAGAAAUAGUGUAUCAAGGAGAGAAUAACUCGGAACAAGAACUACGACAAAAGCUCGAGUUCGCUAGGUUACAAAUUGUUAAUACCAGAGGUGCAUUCCACCGAUUACGUGCGAAUUUUAUUAGGCGGUGCAGAUUGUGCAUUAUGGUCAGAGGUAGGAACUUUGAACAUUUAAUGUAA